UUCGGAUUCGUUUGAGUAGAUUUUUUGUUGCUAUUUCAUUCAUUGGGUCGGUUUUGGCACUCGAGGUUGAUCCAACACAAUGGCAAUUUAUUCAUUGAUAUUCAUAUUGGUCAUCAGUUUGCAUUGGACCAAUAAUGUUUUAUGCGAGGAUAAUUCUACCAGCGAUGCAAAUGAGAAUUGUAUAUGUGAUGUUAGAUACUUUGGUCAGUAUUGUGGUAUAACAUUGAAUGAAAAAUCAACCAAAAACCAAUGCAAUAAAGACAUGUAUUUCUGUGGUAAAUCUAAUCUCAAAUCGGCAGCAGUAUUAUUAAAAACAUGCAAAAUGGAUUGUGAUCAACAAUUGAACGGAGGAAAUGCCUGCUAUCAAAAUGUGAAAUGUCUAUGUCCACCGGAAUUACAACGCAAAAAGAAAUAUUGUGGCAGCGAACUGACCGGCGUGGAUUGUCAACCCAAUAUCGUUUACCGUUGUCCAAUGGUACGCCGUUAUCAAGCUAGCCCUGAAGAUGCUUGCCCAUUCGGUUGUGAAAAUGGAAAGUGCGUGACAGCAGCAAAGUAAAGAAUAUCACCAUGAUAUUGAUAAUCCAGUCAUAGUUACAAAUUGAUAAUUAUUAGAUUUACAUUUGCAAUUUAUUAAAUAA